UUCAAUCUAGCGAGUCAAUUGUGAAGUCGUCUUCAACGUUUAAUCUGAAAUUUCAAUAAGCAACAUGAAGCAGCUGCAGACUCUGCUGAUAUUGUUGAUCUUUGGUCAAUGUGCACACGCUUUUAUCGGAACUAUACUCGCUGCCGUGCCUGUUAUAGGAAAUGUGGUUAAAACUGUACAAAAUGUCGUUAAAAUAGUAAACGGAAUAUCGGCUGAAAUUAAAUCUGAACAAAUGCUGAAAAGACAAGAUGUAUUAAUAGAUAGCUACCACAAGAUCAGCAAUCAAGUGAAUCAAACGGACAAACAAAUUAUGCAAAAUCAAGUUAAAAUAAUGGAUAGUUUUCAGGGGAUCAGCAAUCAAAUCAAUCAGACGGACGACAGAAUUAUGCGAUAUCAACGAAAAAUCAUGAAUAGUUUCAAGGAGAUCAGCAAUCAAAUCAAUCAGGCGGACGGAAAUAAUGCUCAAUACGUGGCAAAAGCAACGGAGUCAAUCAAAAAUUAUGCUAGACAAAAUAUACCAUUUAUGAUCAAGUUUAACGACAUGUUGGACACAAUGAAUCGUAUUACGAUACGUUAUGAGGAAAUGGAGCGAUAUGCGAUAUAUCAGGAUACACUCGAGCCGAGCACACUUAUAUCCUUUGCCGAAUGGACAGUUAGUCCAAAUGCUUUCGCAGUGCCGCAUUUGAUGAAUCUAUUGCAUUUACAGUUGUUUUCCGAUAACUGGGGAAAGUUCAACUCAUCGUCAGUGAAUAAUGUUCUUAGUUUGCUAGCCCAAAACUAUGAGGAGUCCAUGGAAAUAUGCGAAUUGCAGCAAUCGACACAACAAUUUGUGUACUCACUGUACACGGAUAUUGCACUAGCCGAACUCAAGGGAUAUGUCAUGAUGGAGUUCUCGUGGAUGAUCCUGCGAAACUAUGAAAAAGGCAAUUUCUUCCAGGAAGCGGAUCUAUUGCGUUGGGAUUUUGGUAAUCGAACCGAACGAGCUUACAAUUUAGUAAGAAAUGCAAUGGAGGGCAAAAAUCGAGUUGUCUGGCGAUGUGAUCCGAUUAAACAUAUCGAUAAAGAUACCUUCGUAAAGAUUUCAAAGACAAAGCUCGAUACCUUUUGCACAGUACUCUGUGGCACAUAUCGAACCUACACUUUAAAUAUGGACAAUUGGAUCGAUAGAGAAUAUCGAUCGUGCCGUUGUGACAAUCGCUACUUCAAUCUAAGAGAAACCAUUGCCGAUGUUAAGGACAAUAAAGUGGUGACUGGUCUGAGGUUUAAAAUGCAACUGAACGUUAUGCAUUUGCAGAUACAACAGGGAGAACUGUUGCCUUACGGUGCCAUUGAUGAAACGACCGUCGAAUGGAAACCCGUCGAUGCAUAUUCGAUAUAUAAUAAUAAUACAAAGGUGGGAGUGGACUUUCAUAAUUUGACCCAGUCGAACCGAUCCAUUGAUCUGGAUAAUGUGAUGAAAACAGAUGACUAUAGCUAUGUGGUGACCGGAGUACGUUUCCGAGUACUCGAUGGACAUCUGAAUCUCAUGGUGCAGUUUUCCAACUUUGAUUUCCAAACUGGAAAGCUGCUUCAGCCGGAAACCAACAGCGUCUGGCAAUCAAAUGACGGCCAAAAUAGACAAAAAUUAGAUGUUGACUCUGAGCAUUUGCCGACACAAGCAAAUGAAAAAUCAUUGCCACUAUCGAAGCAUAACCAAUAUCUUGAAUUUGUCGAUUCGAAAAUUGACUCUGAAAUUACCGUUCCGUUUAUCGAUAUACAGGAUGUUGUUUCGAAUCCGCGAGUGCCGUUAGGCGGCAUUGGCAUCUACUACAGGUCGAGUCCAGGACAUGCCGGAUUUGUGGCUCCCAAAAUCUACACCUACGACUACGGAUCUCACGUUCCCGUUUGAUAACAAUUCCCAAAAAUAAUCAUUUCCACAUAGAAAUAAAUAAAUCCAAUUGUAUCUACUCUAUGAGCGACUUUAACAAAUUUUCUGUUAUCUUAUUAUGUCAAUAACAAUUUUGUAAAUAUAAAAUGUCAAAGAAAGCAUCUGUGUACUUGGCAAAAUGUACCAAUAAAUAAGAAAGAGCAUCAAAAAAAUUUA